UUUCACGCAGAGGAGUAAGCGUUCUUGUGCUCCUGACAUAGACGUCUUCUAAUUCGCUUCCUGGCUUGCCUAGGCUUGCGCAGUGUAUCUAGAUUGGAAGAUUUAUCACCAACUUUGUGCAUAUGAUUUAGCGGUCAGGUGUAUACGAUGUGCAGUUUGGUGUUUGCGGGUAAACUUAUACGAAGUCUGAUAUCUAAACUGAGGUUGAAAUGAGGUGGAAGGACCUUUGGAAUGCACAGGCAUAUCCUGAUACCGAUUGCCAUGAACCUAUCUGAGACCCUAGGAACGUAUACAUCACCGUCGUUCUCUUGACGCGCCAGACCCUUUUGAAGGCGAUGAGCAGCAAGGCAGACGACGUCUUGCCCCCGCUCUUGCCCCGACGGGACUCCCUGCUGCCCCCUGCCCCGGCUCCAGCGAGGUUCUCCAGCGACGACGUCAACGUGCUGCGCUACUUCACGUUGUUUCGCCGUCAGGGGCCUGCGGCGCUGGUCCUGGCUCACACGUACGUUGCGCUGACUCAGGUAGGGUCCAGCGGCGUCCUUACCUACUGUCGGGCUACUCUCGGCUAUUCCAAUGCUCGUAUCAGAGGUCUCUUCUCGAGGGACGAGCUUCAUGAACUAGAAGGGAACUGGGAUCCUUUCCAGAAGGACAUAACUUUCCUCUACAAGUUGUUGCAGAAUGUCUGUGGGUUGGCCCCCAGCAGUGAUAAGGUGUGGAGUGUGCCCUCUCACGCCCUCGAGUUCCUCCUGCGAACAGUUAAAACAUUUAGAAAUCACGUGUCACACAGUCUGAUCAAAAUCAGUGACUCUGAAUUGCAAGAUAGGACUAAAGAGCUGUUAACCGACCUACGAGCCAUCCUAGCCCAUGUCGCCAGCAGGACACACCUUGACCUGGACAGAAUUGUGCAGAAACUAGAGGAAGACAUCUUGCAAAUCGUUAAUUCGCAGUUGCCUCCAGUCCCUGCCGAGGUCUUCCAGCGUGACAAGGAGGCAAUACUGCAAGACCAACAUAAAAGUAAGAUCGCUUUCCUCUCUAAGGCCAGAAAAGAACUUCAAGGUCGGUACACGGACUUCCAGAUCGUCCCGCAACUGAUGUGGGAAAACACGUCCUCAGCUCACGUGUUGGUGGAAGAGGUGUUCACAGAACCAGAGAUAUCUAACGGCCACGAAAUCGUCCCCUUGAAUCGUAUAAUCCCGCCCCAACAAGCUUUUCAGCAGCAGGUGGUAAUACUGGAGGGCACAGCGGGGGUUGGGAAGACAUCCGUGUGUCGUUACCUGGUGAGUGCCUGGUGCAAAGACCCUCAAUCGUUGCAGUGCCUCAAGGACGUCGACAUCCUGAUUUUGAUCCGGUGUUCGUCUGUUCAUUCAGAAAGUCUCCCAGCUUACCUUGCAGAUGAGCUCCUGCAAGAUACUUUCAGUGACACCCCUCGUACCGACAUCCUUCUGAAGAUGCGAAGAACAAAUAUUCUCCUGGUGGCAGAUGGCUGGGACGAAGCGAACUUCACGGCCAAGGCGCUGGUGCAGCAUUCUCUAUCGACGCUGCCCAGGGCGAGAGUCUUUGUGACGCUGCGGCCAGAGUUUGCCUUGGAUCUCCGUCUGCAUUUGGAGAGCUCAGGCUGCUCUUUCUCCAGCUUUUCGAGAAACCUGAAGUUGCAAGGCUUUACAAGUACCACAAGGAGAGAGUAUUUGCGUAAGGCUCUACGAGUUGUGAGCGGGAAAACGAAGGACUCAAAACUUCUGCAGGACAUCCGCCAUUUGGAAAACUUCUCUGUUGAAAUGCUGCAUAUCCCUAUGACGCUGGCACUGCUCUUCCAGCUGUGGCACAGUGACUCGGCGAAGGUGCGGCGGAACGUCAAUAAGCAGGAGCUCUUCAGAAUAUUGCUCAGUUCAAAGAUGCAGAGACUCACUGAACGGCAUCUGCAGCAGAGGCACCGCAACUCAAACAUGCAUCUGCUUUACCAAGGAGUGCAGCGCUGGAUCAACAGGCUCAGCAAGGAAGCUUGGGUCGCUCUGAAGAAUAACUCUACUGUCCUGUCCAGAGAGAGCUUCGGCCACCUCAAGGCCGUGUGCGAAAGCGAGAGAUUGGACGAGGUCCCGCUGUUCUCUGCGCUGGUGGGCGGCUUCGAUCAGAGAAAAGCCUUGUGGUACUUCGAGUACAGUGUCAUGCAGCAGUUUUUAGCAGCGCGCUUCCUCGCUCAUGAACUGGCCAGAUCGGGCUCCACACUGAGCCAUUUGCUCGACUUUGAGUCCAACUCAACAGACUACCUCAGGUACCUGCCAACGAUCACUUUCACCGUCGCCAUACUGAGUUCUAAAGGCCGGAUGACCACAGAUAUAGCUGACGAAGUUAUGGCACUCCUGGACGACCCGGAUGUCACUUGGGAGACGAUUGGCGACUUCCUGCUCGAGUGCCACCUCGACCCUCUCAUCACGGAGCGCAGCGCGCCCCUUCUGGUGAACGCGGUGUGCGACCAAGUAAACUCCCGCAAGGCAGGCAUACUGUCCGCCGCCCUCUGCUACACGUCGCUGGGCGUGCCCGAGGUGCUGCAGGUGCACGUGGCGGCCGUCACUAGCGCGCUCGGAGACGUCUUUACCCGGGUGGCCGAGCGCGGGUGCAGCAGUGUGUGCACGCUGGACGACGAAAGUGACCUCGUAGCUCUCAGGAAGGUCCUGGAAGCGUGCCCAGAUCCUCUGCCCUUCUCUCUGACUCCGACGCUGAAGGUGCGUCUGGCCAGUGCAGAACGGGCAGAAGCCCUCGCGGUUUGCCUGACAGCAUGCCAGGACCCCAACGUGAUCUGCUACUUCGAGGCGACGGACGAGGAGGAGCUUCAGUAUAUCUGCGUAUUCCUACAGCAGAUGCAGGACUUGGAGCAGUGCAAGGCCAUCAUCGUCAUCAUCCCCACGGACCCUUGGGAAAGCCUGGGACUCUCGUUGUGCCUCAGAAGUCUCGUCUCCUCGUGCGCCUGGCCGGGCUCGCUCUACCUCACUCUCCACCCGUCCUUUUACGGGACCAUUUGCAAGGAAUUCGAAGUCCUGCGUCUCCGCUCUGAUGACCUACGCGACCUCAGGGUCGAUUACCAGGCGCAAACUGACGAAGCGGAAUGCGAAGACCCGUACGUGAAUUCAAUAGGAAGGUGGAAGUCUAUCUUCGCUGAGGACGAGGCCAACGUGCGCCCCUUCAUCAGCACUUUGUUGGAGCUGCGUCUGAGGAAGCCAGGCAAAAAGGAAGAGCCGGAAGCGGAACCGGAAGCAGAGUCGGAAGCAGUGCAGGAAAUAGCUGUAACAACGACUAAGUCUAAAGAGAAGAACUUGAGGAAGAAAAUGAAAGGCAGUUUCAGGUCUGUAAAAAAUUUCACAAAAGACAUUUUCAGAAGAAAAUAAAUCUGAAACAUCAGGUGAAUGUAAAUAUAUUUAUAAUAACAUGUUAAUAUUUAACAUAUUCCCAUAUCUAUCUCCAAAAUGCAGUGUACCUUUAUACAUUCCUUGCAUAUAUUUUAUUUAUUUCGCCUUUAUGUGGAAAAAAGUGAUUUUCAUAAACAUUCCCUUUGUAAAUUGUACAUAGUAAAUGCAUUCC